CGCCAUCCCAUAUUGCAUGAGACACGAAGUGGUUGCCUAAUCCACCAGGUAAAGCGCAUAUUUCGCCUAAUUCUCUGCGGUAACUGCCACCAACACCAUGGUUCUGGAUCUGGAUCUGUUUCGCGUGGAUCGGGGAGGAGAUCCCAACAAGAUCCGGGAGAACCAGUCCAAGCGGUACAAGGAUGUGACGCUAGUUGACAACGUGGUCCAAGCCGACGAGCAAUGGAGAAAAUUGCGGUACCAGGCAGACACACUGAACAGACUGAAGAACCUGUGCAGCAAGACCAUAGGAGAGAAAAUGAAGAAAAAAGAACCAGUUGGAGAAGAGAGUGAAUCUCCUCCUACAGAGGAUGAACUGGAGAAGCUGACUCCAGAAGCCUUACAGGCGAUGACUGUGAACCAGAUCAAGCAGAUCCGGACCAUCAUCGACAAGUCCAUCCUAGAGAACACGGCAGGGCGGGCAGAGGUGGAGAAACUCCGACAGGAGAACCUGAAGGAGAUAGGAAACAUUCUUCACGCUGACGUCCCUAUUAGUAAUGACGAGGAUGAGGAUAACAGAACUGAAAGGACGAACGGAGACUGCACUGUGAGGAAAAAGUACUCCCAUGUGGACCUGAUCACCAUGAUUGACGGGUAUGAUGGAGAAAGGGGCGCGGUCACUGCAGGGAGUAGAGGCUAUUACAUGAAGGGAAUAGCUGUGUUUCUGGAGCAGGCCCUGAUCCAGUAUGCUCUGCGGAUCCUGUAUGAGAAGGGUUACACAGCCCUGUACACGCCUUUCUUCAUGAAUAAAGGUGUCAUGUCAGAGGUGGCACAGCUCAGCCAGUUUGAUGAAGAGUUGUACAAGGUUAUAGGAAAGGGUAGCGAAAAAGGUGAUGACCAAACAGAGGAUGUCAAGUACCUCAUUGCCACGUCGGAACAGCCAAUCGCAGCGUUUCAUCGUGAUGAGUGGAUGAAGCCCGAGGACCUGCCCAUCAAGUACGCGGGAAUCUCCACGUGCUUCCGACAGGAGGUCGGGUCACACGGUCGCGACACAAGAGGGAUCUUCAGGGUGCACCAGUUUGAAAAGGUUGAACAGUUUGUGCUCUCGAAGCCAGACGACUCGUGGGGUCUGUUCCAUGAGAUGAUUGGUAACGCUGAGGAGUUCUACAAGACUCUGGGCAUUCCUUACCGCAUUGUCAACAUUGUGUCAGGAGCGUUGAACAACGCAGCAGCCAUGAAGUAUGACCUGGAGGCGUGGUUCCCGGGGUCGGGCGCGUUCCGCGAGCUGGUGUCGUGUUCCAACUGCCUGGACUACCAGGCGCGGCGACUACUGGUGCGGUACGGACAGACCAAGAAGAUGAACGAAAAGCCUGAGUUUGUGCACAUGUUGAACGCCACCAUGUGUGCCACCACCAGAGUCAUCUGUGCUAUACUGGAGAACCACCAGACUGAAGAGGGCAUCGUCAUCCCAGAGGUGCUCAGGCAGUACAUGCCAGGUGGAACUGAGUUCAUAACAUUUGUGAAGCCAGCGCCCAUCGAGGAACAGGCCACCAAGAAAAAGAAGGCGGGGAAAAAGAAGGAGAAAGUCAAACCUACACAGGAUGGACCAGAAGCUGAGAAGGUCACAGAACAAGUCCAAAACAUGGCCGUGAACGAGGGAUAGGCAAACUUGUACAAUGUAGUCUAGGCUAGUAAGAAUGGAUAAAUUACACAACAUUGCAGUCUUCCUCUUCCUUACACGCACCUUGGAAUAUAGUAAAGUAAAGUUAAGUAAGUAAGUGGAAUAAGUAACCUAAUUUAAUUAUCAUUUCAAAUUGUGGGAGAAAUUGGUGGGUUUCAUAAUGUAUAUCAAAAACUAAGGUGCAUUCUCUACUAUUAUUUACUCCAAUAAUUGUGCACAAGUGGUUAUGAUAUCAAUGUUGUCAAUGUAACUGUUAUCUUUGCUAAAAUUCCCUCUCCUUGGAUAAAAAACUGGAAUGGAGCACAAGCAUUGCUAUCAGAUGGUUACUAAUACAAGUCUUUCCAUUUUGAUUUUCUUCUCAGUUCCCGUAGCAUUUUGUUCCUUUUUAGUUGUUCCAAUUUCAGCAAGAUAUCAAACGCGACAAAUGUUCAUUUUGUAUGUUGAUUUGAAGGCAGGUUUGAAGCCUGUCCGUUACCCAAAUCUACUACUUCUCUACAAAAGAUUAUGAUUUAAGGGGGAAAAAGUAACGAAUUGUGUAGAAUUGGA